CUGCUCCGCUUCGUCAGCACCGUCGGUGGGCCGACCGACAGUGAUAAGCCCUGCCUUGCCGCCGGCCCGGGACCGACCGACCGAGCGACGACCCACUUCCCACCCACAACCGGUUUCCAUCUCGCCUCUCAACUCACUCUUGUUUCAUUACCCCCCACACCACACCCGCGCCAUGUCCGCCGCCGCGCUGCCCACCCCCGGCCCCUCAACCCCGGGGAGCACGACCCCGCCCGCCACCGCCCCCCUAGGCGCGCUAUACACCCCGCAGCGGCACCCGCUCCCCUACCACCUGAUCAACGCGUUCGCGACGAGCGCGCACAGCUCGGGCAACCAAGCCGCCGUCGUCGUCCUCUCCCCCUCCGCAUCCAGCGCGGCAUACACCGACGCAUGGCACGUGCACGUGGCCGCCGACUUCGGCUUCGCAGAAACCGCGUUCGUGGUCCCGCUCGACCUGGCGGCCGACGAGCCCGUGUACGAGAUCCGCUUCUUCACGCCGACCGUCGAGGUGCCGAUGUGCGGCCAUGCGACGCUCGCCGCAGGCCACGCGCUGCUGUCCUACAUCCACGCUACUGCCCGCGCGGUGCACUUCCGCACCAGGGUACGCGGGAGCCUGGCUGCCAGCAUCGUUGAAGGCAGCCGGCGCGGCGCCGGCGCGCGCAUCGCCCUCGACUUUCCCCUCACCGUGCCCCAGGCCCCGCCGGACGACACGAUCGCGAGCAAGAUUGCUGCGCUGGUCGCCGCUGCCGCUGGCGUGCCUGCGCACGACGUGAUCCAGGUCGCUGCGGCGGACUUUGGGACGGGCACGGGGGUCAUUGUCGAGGUUAAGCCCGAGGUGGAUCUGCGGUCGUUGCGCGUGGACACGAAGCCGCUGUCCCGCCGCGAAACCCAGCUCACAAUGAUCACCCAACUCGCCGGCGCCUCGCCCACCACCCCCAACGCCAUCCGCAUCAACACGCGCGUCUUCGCGCCCCACAUCGGCAUCGACGAGGACCCCGUCACGGGCGCAGCGCACACCGCGCUCGUGCCCUACUAUCUCGACGGGCCAGCGACAGAACGCGUCCGCGCGCUCCUUCCUGCCGGAGCGGACCCGCGCGCCGCCAUCGUCGACGCGCACCAGCUCUCCGCGCGCGGUGGCGCCAUCGAGGGCAGUAUCGUCAAUGGCCGCGCCAAGCUUGUCGGCCGCGCAUGGCGCUGGGGCAAGGGCGAGCUGACUGAGGAGGACGAGUAGGCGGCCGUGGGCCGUGGGGCCUCGGGGCCGUGCGAGGGCCCGUGGGUGAUGCAUUAUCAAUGACACGGUUACG